UAUAGGCUCCCUUUGGCUAAUCUGGCUGAGGACUGUGGAUAUUUCCCUUUACAGGUGAUGUGAUGAUUGGAAGUGAAAGCAGGUGGUGUGAUCUUAGCAUGUCAACAUAAUGGCUUAUCAGGAAUUUAUUGUUUUGUACACACAUCAAAAGACUAAAAAAUCUAAAGUGUGGCAAGAUGGAAUUUUGAAGGCUGCAUUUGGAGGAAAUAAGGCAAAUUUGUUUGAUGAUAAAGGACAGCUCUUGGACAGUAUUUUCAUAAAAUUUCAGAUAAAACCUGGUGAUGACUUUGAAUCUGAACGAUAUUUAAUCACUGUAGAAAGUGAAAAUGUUUCUAAAACUGAUUAUAAUCAGUCAAACAACACAGAAAAGGGAAAAUUAAGAAGUAAUUCCUUGAAAUCCCUUGCUACUUCAUCUCUAUGCCAUCCAAAGCGAAAAUCUGAUUUCCAAAUACCACGUCAGGUGGAAAAGAAAAAAAUAGUGGAAGAACCUGCACUGCCAUCUACAUCUGAGGGUCCUCUUUCAUCCUUCCCGCACCAAUUUUAUGCAUCUUCUCCUUUAUUUUCCGUUCCUUGCCAAAAUACGGAGGAUGCUGCCUUACUCACAGAUUUUAAGGGGGAUCUUUCUACAAAGAAUAUUAAAGAUGUUGAGCAUGUUAAAUUUCUGGCUUCUACCUCUUUAGAUGGUGAACAUGAAAUAACACAGAAUAAAAAGUGCAGUAGCAAUAGUUUAGCUGUUGAAUAUUUGGAGCCAAAUUUUCAGUUAGAAAAUGCACUGGUCAGUUCAGGAUAUCACAGAUUUCCACAGAACAUUCGAAGCAGAGCUAAAAUUAUAGCACUUUUGAGUCAUGACCAACAAGUUUCCAAGAGAUUAGAAAAUGAGACUACUGCCUCACUGAAAAAUCUACAGUCCACAAUGAUGCAAUCAGAAUCCAAUCCAAAAGUUUUAUUGCAAAGAAAAAGCCAAUGGGAUGUUUACAUGCCAUCAUGUUUAUCUGAUGUACAUAAUGCAGAAAACGAUGAGAAUAUUCAUAAUUUGCAGUCAAGUGAAAAGAGCUUAAAUGAAAGUAAAUGUGUAAACAGAAGCCAAUCCAAUGACCAUAAAGGGAUUCCGCAAAUGCCGCCUUCUUGGAAACUUGACAUUUCUCCUCUUAAUAAAAGUUCUACUGGAAGUCAGCCAUAUAACUUUUUCCCAAGUGAAUCCUUCAUGAAUGACAGCAAUAACUCUGAAUUAAGUUCACUUGAUCAUGCUAAUUUGAACUGUGGAAAUGCACUUCAAACUUUUGAAGACUCAUCAGAAUCAAGCAGACAUGGAAUAAAUGGUAAUUUGGAAAGGAGUUGCCCUGGUACUGAUUUUGCAAAUCCAGGAAAACAGUUUACAGAAGUUAACUUUGAUCUUUUAAAUAUGCUGGAUUUUAAUGGCACAGAAGAUAGUGACCCUAAUGAAAACAGCAUUGUUUCACAAAGUUCUGUAUGUCUAAAGCAAGAAAUUAAAAAUCAAGUUGAGGUCAGUGGUGAAAAAAACUGUGACGUGACAGCAUGCAAUAGUGAAAGAAAAGACAAUGUACAAUUAGAGUUUCUACAAGAUCAUGAUUUGAACAGGAUCUCAGGAUCCCAGCCAUUACCUCUUUGUGAUGAAAUUUCUACGAAGCCUGUCAACAUUAAAGAAAACAAUAUAGCGAUUUGGGAGAAAAAAUGGCAAAAUUCAGAUGUUUUUAUUAAUGAGAAGGUAGACAUAAAUGCAUUAUAUCAGAAUGUGGAUAUCCACCAGCAAUUGCCAUGUGCAAGCAGAAACUUGAUAAUGGAAAAUGAUGUGGACUGUGAAAUGCAUGAUAUUAAACAAAGUUUUGCUGAAGCAUAUUGUCCUGAAGAUGUGCAGAUACCUUGCCUACAUUCUGACUCACCAAAUUUGGUAGUUGAAUUUCACGGAUACCAGGUGAAAGGCUCAGCAGCUAGUAAGAUGAUGACAAGAAAAGGCUGUUUGUAUCACAGAAAAGAUCCACAAAGUGACAUGACCAAAUCUGAAAGUGCUUCAAAGGAUGCAUUUUUUUUCUUAGCGCAAGAACUGAACUGUCCUGGGGUGCCUGAAUUUGUUAAGUCUCUAGGUUCAGAAGAUGAUCUCAGUAACAGCGGAACCAAAACGUUUAGAAAUGAAUUCAAUGUUUUUGAAGAAAAAGGCAGUAAUAAAUUUUCAACAAAGACAGCAUCUUUUAAACCUCCCAGUCAGAUUGUGACAAAUUCUUCAAAUCUAGACUUCGCAGAAUCUGCUUCGGGGGAAUUUAAUAAGCUGUUGUCAAAACAAUGGGUUUCUUCACAGACUACUGGCUGUCACUUUUUCCCAACUCCAAAUAGUAAAGAAACAAUAGAAGAGCAGGAAUUGCUGAUAUCCAAAACUUAUCCAGACUUGUAUAUGGAUAAUAAAAAACCCUUUUUCAGAAUGUAUCCAGAAAAUGAUAUGUCUAUCCUCUUACCUACUCUUGGAACACAAACUCCAGUUGUUCCUGGACUUAUAGAUAAUCUACUUUCUGAUUUCCAGCUUUAUUCCAGUGCAAAAAUCUGCAAACAGAUUGAUCAUCAUUGUGGUUUUUCAGUGGUCAAUACAUAUGACAAAUCAGAAAUGUUAGAGCCUGAGGACAGGAUGUGUAAUUUUUUUGUGGGUGAAAAGUACAUAGGAGUAAGAGACAAGAUAGCCGUACAGAGUACACUGCCUAAUGUGUCUGAACAAAAGGAACAAAGCAAAUGGCAGAAAUACCACAACAUAACUGGUUGUGAUUUGAGAUCUCAAAAUUGCAACGAAGUGGCCAUGGCUUCUGAUAUCAAAGCAGAGAGUUGUUUAGGAAUGUCAUUAGAAUACAGAAGAGAGAAUCAGAGUAAUGUCAUCUAUAAAAGCCCUCUGGACUCUGAGCAUCUGGAGACAAUAAAAAGCAUGCUUUGUAAACAGCAGCAAAACUUUAUCACUCAAGAUUCUGUUUCAGAAAGAAAGAAACUUUCCCUGCACUUAAAUCAACACUUUUGCACUGAGGAAGUUCUAAGUGAGUUAGGUCACCUGAGUUUCCCCAAUAAAACCAGAGAUAGAAAGGACACUUCUGAACUGCAUUUCCCUAGGGUGGAUAUGGUAAAGAAUACUAAUGUACCUAAACGACAACAACGCAUCCCAGUUGAAUUUCAGUCUCCAGCACAUUAUAAGAAAGUUUUUACUAUUGCAUUGAUAGAACAUUUAAACAUAUUAUUAUUUGAACUAUCAAAAAACCUACAUAAAGCUCUUGGGAAAGUGGAUAUAUCUUUCUAUUCAUCGGUGAAAGAAGGGCAACGAGAGAAUUCUGCACCUCUCUGCAGCCACAAAAUAGCAGCAAAGCUUGUUAUGGUUAGAAAAGAAGGCCGAAAUAAGGGUCGUCUUUUCUAUGCUUGUGAUGCUGCUAAAGCAGAUCGAUGUGAUUUCUUUAAGUGGCUUGAAGAUGUAAAACCUGUACAGAUGGAGAGUAAACCUUGUGUUAUACUUCAUGAUAUAAAGAGUAUUGGAACUUACCUCAGAUGUCAAAGAAUUUCUAUCUAUGAAGAAUGCCAACUUCUAAUAAGGAAAAUGUUUGAUACUCAAAGAAAACUAUUUGGUAAGAUGAAGAGAUAUGAUAUUGCAAAGGCUAACUUUGACUGUGAUUCUAAGAGGAAAUUAUUUCUUAAACUGAACCGGAAGGAACAUUCCUCUACAUAUAGCAAAGAUGACCUUUGGGUUGUUUCCAAGACUUUGACCUUUGAACCACUGGACACUUUCAUUGCAUAUAGUGUUUUUUUUGGACCAUCCUCUAAUAAUGAAGUGGAGUUGGAGCCUCUCAAUGGUUAUAGCCCAUCAAAUUGGCGCUCAGAUAUGAUUGUUCAUGCGUUGUUUGUGUGUAAUGCUAGCACUGAACUCACAAAUUUGAGAAAUAUACAGGAAAAUGUCAGUUCAAUCACUUUGCCAAUCAUGCAACACCUACUUACAAAGAAAGAAUUAUUUCCAAAAACCAAAGAAAGAAAACAAAAGUUUAAACCACCAGGGCUAAGUACAAAUGCAAUAAAAUCUGAUGCAUUCAGCCCAGAAAUAGUUAUAAAUCUUGCUGAUAAGAUUAUUCAAGCUUUCCAGCUAAAUAAAGAUCAGGCGACAGCAAUGAUGCAGAUUGGUGCCAUGAUGACAUCUCAAGAAAUAAAUACAGAAACAGCAAAGCAUCCAACGUUUCCAAUAACAAUAAUACAUGGUGUAUUUGGAUCCGGAAAAAGCUUAUUGCUGGCUAUUGUUAUUUUAUUCCUGACACAAAUAUUUGAAAUCCAUGAAGCAGCUAAUGACAAACGGUCAGUGCCAUGGAAAAUAUUGGUUUCUUCUUCCACCAAUGUUGCUGUAGACAGAAUACUAUUGAGUCUACUAGACAUUGGAUUUGAAGACUUCAUUAGAGUGGGAAGCAUUAAAAAAAUUGCAAAGCCAAUACUUCCUUACAGCUUGCAUGCUGACUUGAGAUCUGAAAAUGAGCAGCUGAAAGAAUUACUUGCCUUGAUGAAGGAGGAUUUGAGCCCAGUGGAAAAAAUGUAUGUGAAGAAGACUAUUGAACAACAUAAACUGGGCACCAAUAAAGCUUCCCUGAGAAAGGUGAAGGUAGUGGGAUCUACCUGUGCUGCCUGCUCAUUUCCAUGCUUGAAAAGUCUUAAGUUUCCUAUAGUGAUUCUAGAUGAGUGUAGUCAAAUGACAGAACCAUCUUCUCUGCUUCCUAUUGCAAGUUUUGAAUGUGAAAAGCUGAUUCUUGUUGGAGAUCCUAAGCAGCUGCCACCUACCAUUCAAGGAUCUGAAAGUGCACAUGACAAUGGUUUGGAACAAACUCUCUUUGAUCGACUCUGUUUGAUGGGGUAUGCACCUAUAUUACUCAGAACACAGUAUCGUUGUCAUCCUGUUAUUGCUGCUAUAACCAAUGAGCUAUUUUAUGAAGGAAUUCUAUUGAAUGGAAUUUCUGAAAUAGAUCGAAGUCAUCUCUUGGAUUGGCUACCAACACUGUGUUUUUAUAAUGUUAAUGGAUCAGAACAAAUUGAAACAGACAACAGUUUCUACAAUAUGGCAGAAUCGUUUUUCAUUGUCAAAUUAAUACAAUCUCUGGUUGCCAGUGGAAUAGAUGGAUCUAUGAUUGGCGUAAUAACUCUCUACAAAUCCCAAAUGAGCAAGAUCCGUAAUUUGUUUGGUGCUAUACACAUGGAUGCUGCCCAAAUAAAGACUGUCCAGGUGUCUACAGUAGAUGCUUUUCAGGGAGCAGAGAAAGAAAUAAUUAUUUUAUCUUGUGUAAGGACAAGACAAGUUGGCUUCAUAGAUUCAGAAAAGAGAGUGAAUGUGGCUCUGACUAGAGGAAAGAGACAUCUAUUGAUAGUAGGAAAUCUAAACUGUUUAAGAAAGAACAAAUUAUGGGGAAGCGUUAUUCAGCAUUGCACAGGGAGAAAAAAUGGAUUUCAGCAUGCUAACCAAUGUGAACAACAACUGAAUGAUAUUGUUAAAUCUUAUUUCAAGAGAAAGAUGGAAGAAGAAGCCAUCAUGAAAAAGAAGAAAUCUAAAAAUGAAUCACUUUCUCAAAAAACAAACACAUAAAUACACUGAAUUAUAUCAACAAUUUCAUCUUGAAAAUCAAAAAUUUCAGUUUUUAUAUUUUUAAGUGCCUCCAGUAAUACUGUUACAUACAUUAAUGGUUUUUUAAAAAGUUUAAAUAUAAUAAAUAACUUUAUAACAAUGUAAUUUCUAAUGAAAGCUAACUUA